CACAGCCCAAGAUGGAUGGAUCACAGACGACUCGCAACUUCACGGAGAAAGUUAGUUUGUUCAACAAAUGGCAGCCGCGGUUGACCGAAAUAACUAUUUGAGCCGUUUAGUUAAUGAUGAAUAAUCAUCUUCACGAAUAAAGUGAUUUUAUCAACCAAUCUUUCUUCCGACGUAAGCUUCAGAGUCUUAAACACAACUGGCCAUGUAAUUAUUGCCUUCUGUGUACGAAGCUCCUGUUUGCAAAUUUGUUUCUAAGAACUGAAGACCACUUCCAACUACUAACGGCAGCGACAUAAUCAUUUCAAUUUUCAUUGUGGGAAUUUUCCUUUCACUGACUCUUUUUGCAGACUUCCCAAAGAAUAUACAAUACGUUCUGCAGCUGAUCAUAUUCUCUUACAUGCGUAAUUAUUAAGUAUUGAAUGGACAUGUGGACUGACUAAAGCUACGGAGUGUAAUCAUAUGUUAGUAAUAUGAAAAAUGGACAGCAUUGAACUGUCAUUUCCUGACUGAUGCGUGGGAUAGAACUUCAUGACAUACAAGAAAGGCUGCUGUCACAAGGCUGCAUGUAUCAGCAAAGGAAGAGUGGUUAUUAGGUGUGAAGACUUUUCUACCGCUCCAUAGAUUGAGUGAAAAAAGAAGGCAGGUUACAAUUUAACUUUGAGAGCUAUAAGGACAGUGGAGAAAGUGACCAAGGCAUUGGAGAAGGUAUCACCCCAACUCUCAUCUAAACGAGCUAGGGAUAGUUAUUGGAACAAUAAACCGGAAAAGCUGGACAUGCAUUUAGCCAACCACUCCCAAAUACGAAUAAAGAGUCUUAAUAAAUGUGGCAGCUCUCUAAGUACAUGUUAUGUAAAUGCUGCUAUAGAUAUUUCGGAAUCCUCAAAGAAAACUGAAGAAGAUAAUACUGCUUUCAUUGUCACAAGUGUGGACAGCAAAGAACACUCAAAAGGAAUUUCAAAGAUAUGAUAUGCUUUUAUAACUUCAUAAAUAAAAACGUAAGAGGAUGUACUCAUGCACAGUAUUCAGACAUACAGUAUUUCUACUAAGAUCUCGACAAAGAAGAUUAUUCAGAAAACAGAUUGCAACAAUGACUUCAGUAGGUGGAGAUAGUUAUGGAAAUCUUCUCUCAGGGACGCAGGUGGCAAAAGAAAUACGAGAGUCGUUGGCAAAAGAUGUAGCAAAUAUAAAGAAUGAAUUACCUCAUUUCAAACCAGGACUUGCCAUUGUUCAAGUUGGGGGCCGUGAAGAUUCAAAUGUUUACAUUCGAAUGAAAAUCAAAGCUGCCACAGAAAUUGGAAUAGAAGCUACUCAUAUCAAGCUGCCAAAGAGUAUAACAGAGAUAGAGCUUCUCAAUAAAAUAUCAAAACUGAAUAAUGAUCCAAAUAUACAUGGUAUCAUAGUCCAGAUGCCAUUGGAUUCCGAUAAUCCUAUUGACUCACACCGUGUAACUGAUGCUGUCUCUCCUGACAAGGAUGUUGAUGGGUUGAACACAAUUAAUGAAGGAAAAGUAGCAGUUGGUGAUCUGACAGGUUUCCUGCCAUGCACCCCAAAUGGUGUCAUGGAAUUAAUAAAAAGGAGUGGUGUUACCAUUGCUGGAAGCAAUGCUGUGGUGUUGGGUAGGAGUAAAAUUGUAGGUACCCCAGUGUCGGAGUUACUAAAAUGGCACCAUGCAACAGUAACAGUGUGUCAUUCAAAAACAAAAAGUCUUGAUAAGCUGACUGCCAAUGCUGAUAUUCUAGUGGUAGCUAUUGGUAGAGCUGAAAUGGUGAAAGGAAGUUGGAUUAAACGAGGAGCUGUUGUCAUUGAUUGUGGUAUAAAUGCAAUUCCAGAUCCCACAAAGAAAAACAAUCAGAGACUUGUUGGUGAUGUAGCUUUUGAGGAAGCUAAGCUAGUGGCUUCAUACAUAACUCCAGUUCCUGGAGGUGUUGGGCCAAUGACUGUUGCAAUGCUAAUGAAAAACACUGUCCUUUCUGCACAAAAAGCUGCCAACAAAAUUCUAAAUGUCCAAUGGAAUCUAAGUAUUUUGCCUCUUACAUUAAAGAAACCUGUCCCAAGUGACAUAGAGGUUGCAAGAUCCCAGGAGCCAAAAGAUAUUAGUGACCUAGCAAGAGAAAUUGGUCUGCACCCAUCGGAAGUGGAGCAGUAUGGCCACAAAAAGGCAAAAAUAACACUAGAUGUUUUAAAACGUCUGCAGCAUCAGAAAGAUGGGAAAUACAUUGUGGUUGCUGGUAUCACUCCAACUCCUCUUGGGGAAGGAAAGAGUACGACGACAAUAGGUCUUGUCCAAGCUCUUUCUGGCCAUAAAAAGAAAAAUGCUUUUGCCUGUGUACGGCAGCCAUCACAGGGACCAACAUUUGGAAUUAAAGGUGGUGCUGCAGGUGGUGGAUAUUCUCAAGUUAUUCCCAUGGAAGAAUUUAAUCUCCAUCUGACAGGUGACAUUCAUGCUGUCACUGCAGCUAAUAAUCUUUUGGCAGCUCAAUUGGAUGCAAGAAUGUUUCAUGAAGCAACGCAGAAGGAUGACUCUUUGUACAUUCGGCUGGUUCCACGAGUUAAAGGAUCACGUGCAUUUUCAGAAAUUCAGCUGAGAAGGCUGCAGAGACUGGGAAUUUCAAAGACUGACCCCGACUCCUUAACACCUGAAGAAAUAAGGAAAUUUGUUCGGCUGGAUAUAGAUCCUGAGACAGUAACGUGGACUAGAGUUAUUGACACAAACGACAGAUUCCUGAGAAAAAUUACAGUAGGGCAAGCACCAACAGAAAAGGGGCACACUCGGCAAACCGGUUUCUGCAUAUCUGUAGCGAGUGAAAUAAUGGCUAUACUUGCUCUUGCCACUGAUUUGGAGGAUAUGAAGCAAAGAAUAAGUAGAAUUGUAGUUGGUCUUGACAAACAAGGCAAUCCUGUGACUGCUGAUGAUCUGGGAGCAACUGGUGCGAUGACAAUUCUUAUGAAAGAUGCCAUACAUCCAACACUCAUGCAGACACUCGAAGGAACACCUGUAUUAGUGCAUGCUGGCCCAUUUGCUAAUAUUGCACAUGGCUGUUCAUCAGUAGUAGCUGAUAAAAUAGCUCUCAAGCUUGUAGGUCCUAAUGGCUAUGUUGUUACUGAAGCAGGCUUUGGGUCAGAUAUUGGUAUGGAAAAAUUCUUCAACAUAAAAUGCAGAUCGUCCAGAGAUGUUCCUAAUGCAGUUGUGCUAGUCACAUCAGUAAGAGCUCUCAAGAUGCACGGAGGAGGACCGACUGUAACUCCUGGAAUACCACUUGACAAAGUUUAUGUUGAGGAAAAUCUUGACUUGCUGAGAAAAGGUCUGCCAAAUCUGCAGAAGCACAUUAGUAAUGGUCGUAAACAUGGUGUUCCAGUUGUCGUUGCAAUAAACACUUUUACAACGGAUUCUGAUGCUGAACUCCAACUGUUGAAGGAAGCUAGUUUGGCAAGCGGAGCUUUCAGAGCUGUAGUGUGUAACCACUGGGCCCUUGGUGGUCUGGGAGCACUGGAUUUGGCUGAUGCUGUUGUUGAAGCUUGUGACCAGCCUUCCAGUUUCAGAUUUCUCUACGAACUGGAUAUCCCACUGGAGGACAAAAUUAAUACAAUUGCUAGGGAAAUGUAUGGUGCUGGAUCAGUAGAGCUGACUCCUGAAGUAAAGGCAAUUCUGGAAAAAUAUGCUAAACAGGGCUACGAUAAACUGCCAUUGUGCAUGGCCAAAACAUCAUUGUCUUUGACUGGAGAUCCAACUGUCAAAGGUGCACCUACUGGCUUUGUUCUUCCUGUAACAGAUGUAUUUGCAUCAGCUGGAGCAGGAUUUGUUGUCCCUGUUGUUGGAGAGAUAUCAAAAAUGCCAGGAUUGGGAACGAGACCAAACAUAUAUGAUAUGGACCUAAACACUGAGACAGGAGAAAUUCAAGGACUGUUUUAAAUGGAGGUGUCAAAUUGAAACAUUAAAACAUUGUAUAGCAUUUAUUUUUUUAGCAACAUCUACAACUUAUGUUAAAUAAUUAUUAUAAAUUUUUAAGAUGAUAACCCUGUAAAAGUGAACUGUUAAACUUUUAUAAGUGGUGAAUGAAAUGUGCCAUAUGAAUUUUGUGAUGCCAGUGCAUUUAUUAUCUCCUGAGAGUCAUUUUCAUAAAAUAUUGGAAUGUUAUACAAUUGCUCAUUAAUGAUAAAAAUCACCUAAACAUAUUUUACAGUUUUUCUGCAUUUAAACCAAUAACAUUAAAUAUCUUUCAAUUCUUAUGGCAGCCACCUAGGUAUCCUGUGAAUGAUAAUUUAACUGUUUUGAUGCACCUGUAACAAAGUGUAAACAUCUAAAUACCGCGUGUACUAGUGCAGAGUAAGUGUGGGAAACUUCAAAUAAAUCUUGCAGCUAUUAACACCAGAAAUAAAUGAAACAGGACUGAGGUUUUUAAUUUUACUUUCCAUGCUCACAUUUCUGAAGCUGUUACUUCUGAGUGCUCAAUGUUGUUAUGAUUUUGUAAUACAAGCUAUAAUUAAGUUACAAAAAUAUUUGUUUUAAUGUUGUUAGAAUUUAUGGUGCACUACAAAACAGAAAAUAGAGAUUGUUUUUUAAUAUUCCUGGCAAAUUGAAGGAAGAGUACUGAAACUUAACUAUAGACUGAUUUUAUGUUACCUAUUUUUAGCCAGAGUUGUCUGUAUUAUGAAAUAGUACAAUGUGGGAUUAAAGAAGUUUGGAUAUCAAAGAAAAAGUAUUAUCUGCUUAUAACAUACUGUCAAAACAAAAUUUGCUAACCAUUACAAUUACUGCUAUGAA